GCGGGAGGCGGAGGAGGGGGUGGGGGCCCGGAGGUCCCCCCGUCCCCGCGGCGGGGUGGUGUGGCCCGCUCGGAGGGCGGGGGGCGGCGCAGCGCUCGCUGCUCGCCGCUAAACGCGCCCGGCGCGGGGAGGCGGUGGCCGGACUGGAGUGGCUCAGCGUGGAGCAUGGCAGCGAUCGGAGCCGCUUCUCGUGUCUCGUCGGCUCCUCUCGGUCGUCGGGAACUUUUUCCAGCGGUCGGUGCCUCCCCGCGGUGGUGGCGGCGGCGCCGGCGCCGGGUGGGCUCGGCGCUGCCCCCGGGGCUGGGGCUGCUGGGACUGGUGUUCUCCCGCUUCUGCUGCAGUGCCUUAGCUGGACCAGUUGUUGAUCCACAUGUGACAGCAGUUUGGGGGAAGAAGGUUGCACUGAAAUGCAUAAUCGAUGUAAAUGAAACAAUAACACAGGUUUCGUGGGAGAAGAUCCAUGGUAAAAUUUCAGAGACUAUUGCUGUUCAUCAUCCUGAAUAUGGAAUUUCUAUUCAAGAAAAAUACCAAGGAAGAGUGUCAUUUAAAAACUACUCACUUACUGAUGCAACAAUCAUCCUAAGAAAUGUAAGCUUUUCUGAUGCAGGUGAAUAUAUCUGCAAGGCAGUUACGUUCCCUCUUGGAAAUUCACAGUCAUCAACAACUGUAACAGUAUUAGUUGAACCUGUUGUGAGCUUAACAAAAGGACCAAACCCUCUGAUUGAUGGUUCGAAUCAGACAAUAGCAGCCAUUUGUACAGCAGCCACUGGAAAACCUGCUGCAGAGAUUGACUGGGAAGGAGGUCUUGGUGAAAUGGAAUCCAGCUCCACUUUGUUUCCAAAUGAAACUGUGACAGUCAUAAGUCAGUACACUAUCGUCCCUACACGAUUUGCAAGAGGAAGACGAAUAACUUGUAUUGUGAGGCACCCAGCUUUGGAAAAGGAGAUAAGAUUCUCUCAUGUUUUGGACAUACAGUAUGCCCCAGAAGUUUCAGUAACUGGAUAUGAUGGAAACUGGUUCAUUGGAAGAGAAAAUGUUCAGCUCAGAUGUAAUGCUGAUGCAAACCCAUUACCUAUGGAGUUCAUGUGGACCAGGCUGGAUGGACGGUGGCCUGAAGGACUGCUGUCUGUCAACAAUACCCUGCAGUUCAGCAGCCCAUUGACUUACAACUACUCUGGGACUUAUAUCUGUAAGGUGACUAAUUCCCUUGGUCAGAGAAGUGAUCAGAAGACCAUCUACAUAUUAGAUAUGCCAUUUAAGCAGACAUCUUCUGUUGCUGUAGCAGGGGCUGUGAUUGGAGCAGUCCUUGCUCUUUUUAUCAUUACCAUCUUUGUGACAGUGCUGCUGACCCCAAGGAAAAAAAGGCCAUCCUACCUUGACAAAGUGAUUGAUCUUCCGCCCACUCACAAACCAUCUUCACAUGAGGAGAGGGCAUUCUCUCUACCACAGAAAGAAACUAUGAUUCCGAAAGAACAUCUUGCUUUGCAAACUCAGUAUGGAGAGAAAGAUAUUGGAAACUUGCAGCACAUGAAAGCUGUGAAUGAAAGACAACUUAUCUGCGAGGCUGAAGAGCUACAGGAACAACAGUGUCUUCAGCAUAUGUACCCUGUUUAUCAGCAGACAUACUACAAAAAUUGGAGCAGCAGACACCCUCAAAACUCAGGACCUGGAAGAGUCUACAUCAAUCCAAGGGAGCAUUAUGUAUGAUUAUGUAUACUGAUACUAACUUUAAGAUGUGAGGUUUUGCGUACUUACUGAACAUAGGACCAAUAAGUCUUGUUGGCUUCAGUUUCUAAAACAAUUGCUUUUUUUCCUGUGGGAAGAAAUUGCAUGGCAAUUCUGUAUAAGUAAACCCUGUGGAAUUUGUGACUUAAACAUGUUUCUAGCAUUUCGUAUGUAUGUUAGUAGUUACAGCACAAUGUCAACCUGCCAAAAGAGGAGAGAGCCAUCUGGCUUUAUUAUUUAUCCUUUAUAGGCUUAAGAAGUAUAAUUUACAGUUGAGUUAGUUGACAGACAACAAAAUGUGCUGCCCUUGUUAUGUAUGAUUCCAUAGGGAAUGUUUUCCCUCUAAAUGGAUAUCUUGAAAUUACUAACUUCUACAUAAGGUAAAUUCUGUCAAGGCAAUUGAAUCCCUGGUGACAUGAGUAGCCUCAGGCUGUGAAUCAAGUCCUUUGCAUCUUAGAAAACUUUAGGUAAUUACCAUCUUGACUAGCCUUAGCAACUGAUUUUUCCACUGCCUCUACCUCUCUGAGUCAAAUGAGCAACUAAACUACCUCUCAAAUACUAAAUUACUGUUUCAUAACAUGUUAGGUGUCUUCUCACCUUGUAAAAAUACAUGCAGUUUCCUUGCAUCAGAAGCUUUUCUUCCUUUUUAUUUGGAUCUUGGGUGUGAAAUAAUGUACUUCAUUGCAGUUUCAGGUAGGCCUACAUGAAAUUUAUUUACUGGACGUGGGUUAGUAGACAUAAAACUAUCUGAAAGUGUCUUAUGUUUAAGUGCAUCUUAGCUACUAAUUACUGUUUAGCCUUUGUCCUCUGUGAAGUGUUGCAGAGUUUCUUCUUGCUUGGCAAUAAAUUUAUGCUCUUUGUGGUAAAACUACUGCCAUGAGGCAUUCUUGUGUCUUAGCAAGAUAAGGAAAGCUUUAGUAGUCUUCAAGUUUUCAGCACCAUUUUCUAAUCUUAGCCAGUACUAAGAAAUAACUGCUCAAUGUCCUGAUGCUUCCAUUGCUAACGUUAUUCCAGAAAGAAUCUUAUCAGUGUCAAUAAUGGUUGAAAAAACUUGCUCAGGAUCUUAGAGGGGGGAAAAAAAAACUUUUUCAGAGUAAAAUAAAUAUUCUGCAAGUAAAAAAAAAAAAUGUGUAUUUGUAUUAAUGCCAAAAUGAGCUCAUGGGACAUCUUAAUUCUUUCUGUCUUAAAAUACUUCACAAUGCUGACUGAAAUUUCUUGGAGAAACUUGCACAUAAGUACAGAAAAAUGAUUUUCAGUCAGAUUACCUUAAGACAGAACACUAUGUCUAUUUCUUUCUGAACUAAUUGUUGUAACAGAUUAAAUAUUGCCUCUGUAAUAUUGGUAUUUUUUCUUGAAGGCAUGUUUGAUUUUUUUUAAGACAGAGGAAAGACUCACCAUUGUAGAAGCAAUAGAAUUGAAAGCUGAUAGGUAUAGUUAAGUGUGCUGCAGUCAGAAUGCUUUUCUGAAACUUGUAUUCAUCUCCAUUAUAUUGGUGUUAAUGACAUCACUAUUUACAAUAGGGUUAGGUAAAUACAUCUUGUUUGUUACAGGUAGCAGCUAGAGGCUGAUGGCUUCAUGUUUUGGAACUGAAUGUUCAUUCUUGUUAAGCAGCUUGCUUUUGCAUAGGUUGCUCCAAAAGUAGUGUUUCCUAUUUAUUUCCAUGGAAACUCAGACAGACACUGUUUGAGAAAGCAAAUUCUCAGCUACAAAACAUUUUUUCAACACAGUCACCACCAUUAGCCAGUUAGCAUGGAUGAGCUAAUGGAGGCACUCUUCAUUUCAUGGUGUGACAGCUGUGCAUGUCUGUCUGGAAUGUGACUUGUCUUUCAUGUUGUUGUUGCCGCUGCAGAAAUGCACCACCCACCACCUCACUGUGCACACAUCCACUGUUUGGUGUCCAUUAAAUGUUCAACAAACAUCAUUGAAUGUCAGUGAUCAUCAGUGAAUGUCAGUGGGUGCCAUUUUUCUGCGUGGAGGAAUUCAGUGACCUCUACUUCAUACAAACUUCCAUUUCAGAUGCUGUUUUGUCAGGCUGCUCCUCUGCUGCCAUCUGUCAUAUGGCAACAAAACAUAAUGGAAUAUUUGUGGGAAGGUUCAACCUCUGCUGCCGUACCACCAACAUCCGCCUCUGAUGUCAUGGGUCAACAAAACAAAAUAGGAGGCAUUGCUUUUGGUGCAGCCUUAAUAUAUGAUGUGGCUUAAGUUGAUAGCUAAAGGAGUGGCAAAGAAAAAUGUUGGCAAAGAUUGUGUUUGGGAGCUUUUCUAAACCACUGAAAUCUUGCUCUUAUGGACUAAUGAGCAUGUUCAUUUAAAUUCUGAACAACUGUUCUCAACUUGAAACCUGCUAUAUUUGAAACGUGAAUAAGGUCUUGGGCAUCCACAAACUGUUUUCCAAUGUCAGUUUGCUUCUGAUAAUUAGACAAAUAUCACUGAGUAAAACUUUAUAUGAAAAUUUGAAUAUGCCUUACAGGUGGUUUAAAACUUGUAGUAAUGCUUACACUAAAUCUGUUAGGUCAAUAUGAUGCUCAGUAGCUGAUUACUUCCUAUUAUGUUGACAGAUCUUCAAAAAAAAAAAACUGGGAUUCAGAACUUACUCUUCAUUUCUUAUUUGCAAGUAUUUUGUUAUGAAAAGUUUGAAACAGUGGGGGGGAGGGGAGAAUAAUGUUAUCAACAAAAUUUUAAUUUUAUUUGAAAAGAAUAGUAAAUGUGAGAGUAUCCGUGAGGAAAAUGUAGUCCACCUGUGUUGCUCAAGUUAUGUGGGGGGGGUCUGGAGCUGGGGGGACGGCCCUAUAGAAAGUCUCUGCAAGUUGUGUGUUAGGAUGUGCUUUAGGUAAAAGUAGUCAGGAAAACACAUUACUGUGGUUAUUAUCUGUGAGGACUUUUUGUAAUCUAUUCAGGGAUGUUUAGAAUAAGUUUUCUGAAAUGUUGCCUGCAGUCUUGUGACUAGAUGUUGUGGGGUGGAGAUUUUUCAUAGAGUUCUCUGAAUAUAAGAGUAUAUAAUAGGUAGGAUUUUGCACAGAAAUUGCACACUUAGAAGUAAGUUUGUGCCUUUUUAAGGUCUAGAAAAUGUCUUAUUUUUGUACAUAUUCAAAUGUUUGUAUUUUGGAUUAUGGCUUAAAUAAAAAUAUACUAAAUAGAAGGUUUUCGUAUGUUGUUUAGACUUAAGAUUAAGGUAUUAAGAAUGCAGCCAGUUCCUCAGUAUGGUAUGUUUCUUCUUCUCUGGUUGCAUAGUUGAAUCUUGGGACUUUUUUCUAGCAGUACCACUUGUGAAUAUCAUUGAUGUGAAAUGGAAUGCUAUGUCAACAUAUGUUUUAUUUAAUAGGAGGCAUGUAGCACUCAUGAAAACUCAACCUUCAUCCUCAAGUCCAUUUAGUGAGUUUUGUAUUCUCUAUACAUCUGUGCAUUUAACAAUUGUAUUUGAUGCAUACAUGUAAGUGUGAUAAUGUGCAAGCAUGUAAAUCACUUAAUCAUUCUUGAUCGAGUGCAUGAUAACCACUGACUUUGGGGUGACAGUUGAUCUGGACUUAAUUGCAUACCUGAUACUUUCUGAAGAUACCAUAAUAUUUUGCGUCUCUGGGAAAGAAAAUGGGAGGGAAAAACCCACAUAACUGACCAAGUAGGAAGCUCAUAGGAGCUUCCACACAAGUGUCAAAAGCCCAGUAUAAGGCUAUCACCUGAGAUGCUGCUACUCCUUACUGGAAGAAUGAAGUGAGGCUAGAGAGUAGUGAUUGUUGGGGGCUGCUGUGCAUCUGGGUAGCGCUUGCUCUCUGAGGGUUGUUUCAGUUCAAUUAAAGAGCUUGUUCGUUGCUCUGAUUCACAUCAGUAAAUAAUUAAAAUAUGAACAGACUCUCUUCAUUAGAGGUGUUCAUGAAACCUUUCAAAUAAUUGUUUUAAUUACCGAGUAUUCCCAUAAGGUAACAGAACACGCCUUUUGUUCUUUCGUCCUACGUGUUGGCCUCUAAUAUCAGAAUAAGUACUCACUUGUUUAAGUGCGAGUGAAAACUUACAGAUAUUUAUACAGACACACAGAAAAAGACUAGCUUUUCUGUAAGGCUGGCAUUCCAAAAAGUUAGUAUCUGAAGUGAACUGGUCAAGGGAUAAGAGAUGGAAUUCAGCUUAGUACAUUGUUUAUUACAAUUUAAUAUAUUGUUUAACUCUGCAUGCUUGGUACACUAACAGUGGUGAUUUUAUCUUCUGCCUAGUUCCUGAACUUAAAUCUCUGAUAUAGACAAAAAGUUACCAAAGACAUCUUUUUGUUUUUGCCUGAUUUGUUGUGCUAUUAUUAAAAUGCAUUUUUCUUCACAAAAUGUGAAGCAAACACAUACAGCUAAUUGCUCUACUGAUAUUAUUUUCAUCUUUAGUUGAAACAAAUAUUAGGUCAAAAUACAUCUUUCUAUAGGACUGUACAGUUAAAGAAAGCUGAAGGCUGCUGUGAGGUAAGUGGUCACGACUAAUGCGCUCAUUAGAUCUGUGAUUCUGGCAUAACUACUGAGUGGUGUUCAAUUUCUACAGUUGGUUGGAAGACACACUGAAUAAUAAAAAAAUGUUAUGACCAUUGUGAUGUCUUCACAGCUGCAUCCUUUCAAGUGAUUUUCAUCUCCUUAAGAAUAACUUCUCCCUGCUUUUUGGUUGUUUGCUGUUUGAGAGAACACUGUGUGUACUGUGACACUGAUUAGGACAGAAGAAACGGAAACGCUCCAUUUCCUGAACUGUGACCCUUGGAAAAAACAUAAAUGAAAUUCUAAUGUGCCUGGAAGUAAUCUGACGUUGCUCCAAAAGAACCUAGGCUUCCUUUUAGCCUUUGUGAAGGCUGAAGAUGCAUGGUUGUUUAAUUGUUAAGUGAAGCAUUGUUGCAUCUCAGUCAAACUUGUGUUCAAAUCCUGCAUAUCAGAUAACAAGAAAAAAUAUCCUGGAAGGAGAACAAAUUUCAUUUAUUUCUGUCCUGUUUCAAAUUUGUUCUUUGUCAAUAUUGUUAUUCAUUCAUAUUUUUCCUUUAAUAGUUGUCUCAAAUGUAUUCAGCUGUGACAUUUUGUAAUAAAUUGGACGUUAUUCUGGA